UACUUCUGGAACUUAAGGAAACAAACCAUCACCAGGAAACGGAAAAGAAAAUUCAGUACGCCACAAAUAACACCUUAAGACCCUUACCAAGUAGUAUAUAAAGCCUUCCAACCCUAAACACCCAAACCACCAACUGUAUUGACAAUCCCUUCUAUUACUAGUACAAACCAGUGCUUGCAGCAGGGUGCUACUUUAACACUACUAGUGCCAAAGCCCUUCAUUUCCUUAAGAAAAAUGAGCUGGUCAGGGGGAGAUUGGAUAUGCAGUGCUUGCCAGCACUCGAAUUUCAAGAAAAGGGAUACUUGCCAACGCUGUGGAUACCCGAAGUAUGGUGGCCCCGACCCAUCAACGUAUAUGAGCAACAGGACUGAGGUGUUGGCGGGGGACUGGUACUGCAAUUGUGGUGCUCACAACUAUGCCAGCCGAUCAAACUGUUUUAGGUGCAGUGCAUAUAAAAAUGAUUAUGCCGUGAUGGGUUCUGGAGGUUAUGGAUCAGAUUGCAGUGCCCCACCUGGAUGGAAAAGUGGUGACUGGAUUUGUUCUAGAUUGGGAUGUGGAGUACACAAUUAUGCUAGCAGGACAGAAUGUUUCAAAUGCGGAACACCAAAGGAAUAUGGUGGUGGAAUGUAACCAAUAAGAUUUUAAGAAGUUUCUCCAGUGAGAUCCUCAAAUUCUCUUUGCAUCUGAUCCCUCAUUAGACACCACCUUUUUUUGUUCUACUUUCCUUCUGAAGAUAAUUAACCUUUAGGUCAUGGUUGAGGAUCUUUUCAGACCACAAUAACCAUGCGCUUGUAUUAGAAGGGUUUCUAGCUUUAUAUGGUGCAAGGUGUUCUUAGAUAGAGCUUAAGAAAUCCCUUUAUAUCCUUGAUUAAUGGAGACACAAAGUGUACAA